AUGUCGCGACGACCAGAUUCCUUUCGCAUGUCGAGUCGGUCUUCAUUCUCAUCAUCAGCGUCGUCAUCAUCAUUAUCAUCGCCGUCGUCGUCGCAGUCUGCGACGGCCUUCAAGCGUGCCGCUUUCGACGCUAUCCACCAUAUCCGGGCGUCAUUUGCAUCUGCGACACAAAAGCGCAGUAUUGAUCCCAAUUGUUCGCCACAGCCGGGCGUGAACCUGUGCGAGAAGCCAGCAGAGGCAACCUCAGAUGUUACCUGGGCGAUUAUUGGCAGUGUGCUCGCUUUCGUUGCGGCAACUACCAUUAUAGUAGCAUAUCUUCUUCACCUUCGCCGGAAAAAGGUCCACAAGAAAGAAGAUCAAAAUGACCCGUUCCAGAUGGACGACUAUGGUUUCGACGAAGCCGCUGCCGCAGAAGCAGCCAAGUCAAAGGCGAAUUUAUUCCGACGAUCCCAUCAAUCCUCUACCACUUCGGUUUCCACGCCAUCGCCAUCAAAACCCAUGGAACGCAGGCUGUCCUUUGACGAAUCGCCCUACGCUGUUGGCGCCGCUGCCGGGAUCCGAUCCUCUACAGCCAUUGGGGGAGAUGUUAUCUACAGCGAAGUCAGCACUCCACCGGGCGCGGCACUGCCGCCUGGCGUCGGCUUGAGAGAAAGUCAAUUCCUCGGGGUUCCAGGAAUUGAGGGGAUGGACUUGGGUGGUUUCCCGAUGGAUCGGGAACGUGAAAGGGAGCGGUCGAGAUCGAGGGCCCGGUCGACUUAUUCCCACUCUCCUCACAAUGGAUCCCGUAGACAGAUGCAGCGCCGAUCCCGACCCUCCAGUGUGCAGAGCGCUCCAUUUACGCCCGGAAGCCUGACACCAACGCGAGGACCUAGACCGGCUGCGGGAGGCGACGGGGCCAGUGCCGCCAGUAGCAGCGGCCUUCGCUCUCCCCUUUCCGACGAUGCUUCCUCUGCUUCUGUCAGGUCUUCCGAGAUGUUGCGUCCGCCCGUCGAUGGUGAUAUUGACACUCUUGCUGGCGCCGAUAUGCUCGGCCCGGUAUCAUGGGAGAAGGAUCAACAGCAAGGAAAAAUGGUGGUGGUGAGGGAGACGACAGUGGAGAAGAAGGGAAGCAGCGAAACAAUUGCAGAGGAAGACGAAAAGGCCGAUAAGCCUAAGAGCAGUCAUGGGAUCCGCGUGGUAGCCCCGGAAACAGAACGGGUCGCUGAGGAGGAGGGGGAAAAACCUAUAACCGCUGAACUGGAGACAGUAGAGGUCGGGAUGGAGGGAAAAAAGAUCGAGCAAGCGCCAAGGAUAUGACCUGACCGCGAAUUAAUGACGCGUACGCGCGCGCGGGGAGGAGCAUUUUGGAUGCGUAUGGUGUAAUGAAUCAUUUGCUGCUUACAGGGAAGGAUAAAAUGGGUGCAAUACCGAAGGGUUAAAGAUAUGUCUUG